AUGCUCGCUGCUGCUUGUACUGGCGGCAGUCUCCCGAUGGAGCCUGCAGCUACCCUUAGCAAACGAGUCAGUAUCAAACCAUGGGGUCACGAUUGCAGGGAGCACCGAUCUUGGAGAUGUGUCUGGUGCGAAUCGCUGUUCUGUUUCGAAUGCGACACUGGCACCACAGCCUUCAUCGACCAGUUCCCUUAUCAUCGGCUCUGCGAGAAUCACCUCUCUGAGCUUCCUGGGUCCUAUGCUUCCGUUAUUGAACCCGACACCAGUCCUUCAGCUCCAUCCACAGUUGGCUUUGUCUACCUUUCCAACAACCAACUUAGUGUCACGAAUCUCAGCGGUGAUACUAAGUGCCCGGACAAGGACUUCUGCCACUGUCUUAUCUCUAAGACUAUGCUUUGCAGUGACUGUGCUAGCGAUGCUAAGAUCUGGCAGGAGGAACAAGCAAAGAUGUUCGAGCGUUCUGGAGUUGUUGAGUGUGCCUAUGGUCGGUUCCCCGGAGGGUGCAAAGCUGAUAUUAACACAAAAUGCGGCUGCGGUGGGCGUGGAAUCGACUGCAAUUUCUUCUCUGAUAAGGACUGGGAAAAAUUUGAGGCUACUGACUUUUACUGGAUCGGACGAACGGGUCUUGCUGACGAUCAGUUCGAGAAGAAGGAGAAAAAGGACCUUCGCCAUGUUUUUGGCGACAACUUCCCAGUUCGUGCUGCCGACUCUUUUGAUGGGACCGAGCGGCCGUUCAACCCUCUUGCUCCCAUCACUACUACCACUCCUCCACCGACUUCCAAGAAGUUGAGUUGGGUUUCCGGACUCGGGGGCCUCCGUCGCACUAAAUCUAUCACUCUACUUGGCCGACCCAAGAAGCCUAUGCCAGGGAUGUGUGAUACUGCCUGCAAUGGAAGCUCCAGCUCUACUGAUCAGCAUCCAAAGCCUAUCACCGCGGAUAUCAUCACCAAAACCUUCCUGAAAAAUCCUCAAAUGCGCAAGCCUUACAGCAAUUUCCGCGUCAAUCCAGACCAAAUGAAGCCGCCGACUCCAAUGCGAGGCGCUGAGGGGUCCUACCUUGAUUCCGAGACUGAAGAUGAAGACGAAAUUAUCGUCCACGAACUCGACGAGGGCGAAGAUUUCGAGAGCGAUUAUGCCUCCAUUGCUGACUCGAUUAGCACUCUUGGCAGUGAAUAUGACCUUGAGGAUGCCCUUGAAGCUAAGAGCGAAACCCAGAAGGGCCUUCAUCCUACUCCACCAACUAUUAUCCACAUCGGAACAGCUUCGUUGGCUACUCGUCAUCUCUCUCCUCGUCUUAUCCAGAUGCGUUCUAGCCCUAACCUAAAGGCUGAUCUUACGGAUGCGGCUGCCAUCAAGAAGGUCAAAGAUAAGAAAAAAUGGGGAUGUCGCAACGAGAUUAAUUGCUCGAAAGUUGACCUCAAGAGUAUCCAUUCCCAUGGCUUCUGGAGGUGCUCUUUCUGCAGCGGCAGAAUCCGCGGGAUUUAG